CCAUUUUGGCUCAGGGUUGGUUCUCCUGCUUUCCGCCAUUGCCAUUUCUGGCCGAUGGCGACGCUUGCUGCGAGGAUGGCAGCGGGGGCCGCCGGCGGCGUUCGCGCGGCGGCCCAUGCGAGCCGAGGAGGCCGCACGGCUCGGGCCAUCGGCCGCCAGGUGGGCAGCCCGAAGGCGGCCGCAGCUGGCCUGUGGGGAGGCACUCCGGAAACUGCGCGGGCGCUGGGGUCUUGGCUCCUGGGAGGACCGCGAGCUGGCCUCGCGCCAGGCCCUCCGCCUGGCAGCCGAGGGCAGGAGGGUGCCACGCGCGGCGCGCCGUCGGCGGAGCGCAGCGUGGCACGUGGCAGUAGCCUCGCCGCGGGGUUCGCCGCGGCCUCGCAGGGCGAACUGGCGGAGGCUGCUGCAGGACCGCGACUCGGGGCCCUGGGAGUCGCACCAGGAGUCGCAGAGCAGCAGCACGGCUCCAACGAGCAGCGCGUGGAGCAGGACGCCGGCCAGAAGGUGGUGACCUCGACCGGCCAGCUGAAGUACAUCGUCAUUCCGAGGCCAGCAGUGGCACGACAGACGCGUCAACCACGUGGGCGAAGAGUACAGCAGCUAUGA